ACCUGGUACCGGUACCCAGUCUCCACCGGCUGGGCAGACGGGCCAGAAAUUUCGAAGACACGACCCUGGCUGCGAUUGCAUCGACACUCCCAAGAUUGACUGAGCUCUGAGCUCCAAGGCCGGCCAGUCUUCCAACCUGCCUCCUUCUCUUGUCUUGUCUGUUUUGUUUUGUCUUGUCUUGUCUUGCUCCGGCCGCGGCCAGUCCUUGUCUUCGGGCGCACGCAUCUCGCCUCCAGCAUGCCGCCCAGGGUGCAGUGUCAAGCCUCGACGAGGCUUGCCGCCUCUGCGUGGAGGUGCAACGUGCACACACCGCGCCGUUGCAGCGCGCCGGUGUGGGCGCCCUCCUCCGCCGUCGCCAUAGCCCCGAGGCAGUAUGCCACAGCGGCCCCGAUAGCCUCGAUGCUGAGGCUGCCCGAUGACUACGUCCCUCCAACCAAGCCUCUCAGCGCCAGGCGCUCCGAGGAGCGCAAGGCCCAGCUUCUGCGCACCUACACAUCUCUCCUCCGGUCCACGCCUCUGAUGCUCAUGUUCCAACACAACAACCUCACAGCCGCCGAGUGGGCAGCCAUACGCCGCGAGCUGAGGGCCGCCCUGGCCGCCGUGCCGCCUGCCCCAGCAGCCCCCGACGGCCAGCUGCCCGUCGACAUCACGCCCAACAUCCUCCUGCAGGUCAUACGCACGCGCACCUUUGACCAAGCCCUCAAGGUUGUUGAGUUCUUCGACCCGGCCGCUGUCGGCAAGUCCCACGCUGCGGGCGCCAAGGAAAGCUACACCCACGACCUGUCCAUGGCGGCAUACAACGCAGUCAAGGCCACCGAGGGUGCCAUUCCCGAGGACUCCACCUACGCCCAGCUGGCGCCGCUGAUGGUCGGCCAGGUGGCACUCCUCACCUUCCCGGCCGUGUCACCACAACACCUGGCCGCAGCGCUGUCCAUACUGUCGCCUAGCCCGCCCGCGUUCCCCGCCCCUACGCGGAAGAAGAACCCGGGCUACCACGAUCUCACGACACAAAGCGGCUUGCAAAAGCUGCUUCUCAUCGGCGGCAGGAUUGAAGGCAAGGUCUUUGACUCGGAAGGCGUGAGAUGGGUGGGCGGCAUCGAUGGCGGCCUGGACGGCUUGCGUGCACAGCUCGUGGCCAUGUUGCAGAGCGCAGGCCUGGGUCUCACAACCGCGCUGGAGGGCGCAUCGAAGAGCUUAUGGGUGACGAUGGAGUCACGGAGGACGAUGCUGGAGGAGGGCGAGAACGAUGACAACAAGAGCGAAUAGGACCUCGGUGGUGAGCGGUGAGCGGUGAGCGGUGAGCGGGAAACAGGUUUGGCGUCAACCAUCGCGAACACAACCACCUCGGCCGUGGGAGCUUGCGGUGCAUGAGGCUGGAGGAACAAUGUACCACUUAUUGCAUGUGCCAUAUGCAUCUGUACCUUGCCUCAAGAACUCGUUGGUUGAGAGGCCCGCAGGAGAACGGUCCAGGGGGUCCAGACUACUCUUGGGCAUUUCAACAUUGUGUUUCGGCAAACGAGCGAGGGGUGUACUAUUCAGGAGCUCAGACAACACGCCGACUCAUCCAA